AUGAGCUCGAGUGUAUCUGCCGCGCCAUCGGCACUUGCCGUGGAUCCAGAUACAAUCGUGUCCCUGGAGGAGCAACGGCAGUACAAGAUCCAGUUGCUGUUGCACAUCAACAGCGUUCUCUUGGCUAAAGUGAUACACGUAACGAACACAGCGGCAACACUCGACCACAGCAACAAGAUCGUCGUGUCGCAGUGUCUAAAACGUGUACAUGCAAACCUACAGUGCGUGUCGCAGAUAAAUCAAGGUCUCAUUAGGGCAAAACCAAUGAUCAUGACCGCUUUAGACGCAGAUCCACUAAAUAGUAGUAGUAACGCGGGGACCCCAGGUGGUGUGGGUACACCGCAGCAACCACCGCAUGAUAUUCUAUCCAAAUUGUACCUGCUCAUGUCUAGAGUCUUUGAGUUUUGGUGA